UCUGGGAAGUCACGCUGAAUCCGAGCACAGUCAGAGGGGGCUGUUCCUUGGAUUCCACAUAGUCCUGCCCACUCUAGUCAUCAGUGAUCUAUCUAAUCCCAACAGUCCUUUCUUUUGGGAAAAAGACUUUAGGAAGUAAGAGUGAAACCUAAGUAGACAGUGAGCGGCAAAGGUUGGAACCUAAACACAGCUUCAAGAGGACGAUCGGAGAAAAUGGGAUGCUGCAGCACGAAGAAUGAGAGUACUAGAGCACAUUCUACACCUUGGGAUUACGAUUUAACACAAGGGGAAAAUCCAUUAGACAUGACAGAAGAGGACUUGGGGAAAAUUAGUAGAUACAGAAAUAAUAUUGAAAAAGUGUCUAAGGAGAAAGGCUUCAACCCAGGUGUGAUUGCUGCCAUCACCCCAUGGGACAAGAUACAGAUGAAUCAAAAUCCAGAGGAAACACUCCGCGACGUCACAGAAAAGUUGGAUGGCUGCAUUAGAGACAUUCGUUCUGAACAUCCUAGGUGGACCAAGAAGCAGCAGUUAGAAGGAGGAAUAGCGGCCUACAAAGCUGGGCCUAGAAAGGUCCCCUCAUAUGACAACAGGAAUGAGUACACUAACACUGAUGAGUGCACUGACGGAAACUACUCCAAUGACGUGCUUGACCAGGCUAAAUCGCUUAAUUCACAGUUUUUUGGAACAAAGAUCUACUUUUAA